AUGCCUUUCCCUCCAUCAACCGCGGGUGAUACCGCUGGCACAAAGCCUACAAUCUCAAAGAAACAUGAGAUCAUCAUCUUCUCCAGCACGGCCAUUGCGCUGUACGGGUACGAUCAGGGCAUGAUGAGUCUGAUCAAUACGAACCGGUCCUACCUUCGCACCAUGGCCAUAGCCGAGACAUCACCAAUUGUCGGCAUUAUCGUGUCUGUUUACUACCUUGGCUGUACCGUUGGUGCCGUGUUGGCCUCCUACUGGGCCGACAAGAAGGGGAGGAAGCCCUCCAUCUCUGCGUGUCUGGCCACUACUAUGCUUGGGAACCUGCUCAUGUUCAUUGCUGGACUGAGUCCCAACGGCUCGGACCCGUGGGGCGGCGCGUCCCUCGCCCUCAUGUUGGCUGGUCGUGUCAUCUUGGGCGUUGGUGUUGGCGGCAUCGACGCCACCAUCCCCGUUUUCAGCUCCGAGCUUUCCAAGGACGGUGCACGUGGACGCGCCCUUGCCCAAGAAUUUCAGAUGAACAUCUUCGGACUCUUGAUGGCAUUCGCCAUCAAUCUACGCGUUACUAUUGCCCUCGGAAAAGACAACCAGUGGGCCUGGAGGAUUCCCAUUGUUGUAAUGCAGGCAUUCCCUAUCCUACUUGUCUCGACCAUCAGUAGGCUGCCAGAGUCGCCCAGAUGGUACAUUAGCAUGGACAGGAAAGACGACGCCAGGAGGGCCCUCGCCGCUCUUCAUGGCGAUGCCAAGGCCGAGGACAUGCUCGAUGAAAUCCACCGAGCCCAGCAGGAAGAGAGCGACGAGAAGAUUGGCUACAUUGAUAUGCUCGUGCCAGGUGGCAGCCAGUUCCACCCCACCAUGCUCGCCGUUAUGGGUCAGGUCAACCAGGCCUUGACUGGUUAUGGUGCCGUGUCAGUGUACGGACCUCAAAUCUUUGAGUUGCUGGGCUUCGGUGUCCGAGAGGCCGAGUAUGUCACUCUUGGCAACUACAUCAGCUACUUUUUGAUGAUGACUUUAGCUUGGAUGACCAUUGACGUUCUGGGUCGACGCAAGCUUAUGGUCUGGGGUUCUGGAGGACUGGCAACUUGCUUUGCACUGCUGACUGUCUUCGGAGGGCUUUCCCUAGAUGUUGGCCACAUAUCCGUGCUAGUGACCGAGAUCCUCGGUUCGAUCACGCUGUUUGUGGCGACUGCGAUAUUUGGGGUCUGCUGGCUGGCAACUGUGUGGCUGAUACCGACAGAGAUCUAUCCUUCUGGCGCCCGAGCACAGGGUAGCAGCGUCAGCGUCAUUGUCUGGGGUCUUACCAAUUUCACCAUCACACUCAUAACCCCGAUCUUAUUCAACAACGCCAAGUAUUGGUUAUUCCUCGUCUUUGCGGCAACAAACGCUUUUGCCGGAUGGUGGACUUGGUGCUACUCGCCCGAGACGGGAGGCAGGAGCUUCGAGGAGAACCAAGAAUUCUUCAUUACAGCACGAGAGGAGGGCAGUUGGGCUGUCAGGAAGGUCGACGGCGGCAAGUUCUUGUAUAUUCCGCGAAAGGAGAAGGACGCCGAGGAUGGGAAGGAUGUUCCAAGCGAGACUGCCCCUUUGCUUGGGAGCCGUACUUGA